CUCCAUUACGCUCAAGCCAUCGCACCUUUCUCAUUCUUUCUCUCAAAAUACCAACUGUCUUCUGUUUCCUUUCCUCAUCAAAACGCUGCCGUUUUCAUGGCGCCGAGGACUGAGAAAGCCGCCACCGUGGCGGUGAAGAACCCCGGGAGCAUUAAGGAGGUGCAUUUCAGGGGGGUGAGGAAGAGGCCGUGGGGGAGGUACGCCGCCGAGAUCCGGGACCCGGGGAAGAAGAGCCGGGUCUGGCUCGGGACUUUCGACACGGCAGAGGAGGCGGCGAGAGCCUACGACACCGCCGCCCGGGAGUUCCGCGGUGCCAAGGCCAAGACCAACUUCCCGCUUCCGUCGGAGAAUGUGAAUCUCAGCCUCUUUAAGAAGAAUAAUAAUAACGUUAACAACGGCGGCGGAGGGAGGAGCAACAGCCACAGCCCUAGCCAGAGCAGCACGGUGGAAUCGUCCAGCCGGGAGCCGGCUCUGAUGGGUGAGUCCUCCCCGUUGGAUCUGAACCUCGCUCACGGCGGCGUCACUAGCGGCGUUACCGGGUUCGGCGCUCCGAUGAGGUUCCCCUUCCAGCACCACCGCCAGAUUCCGGCAGUCGGCGCCAUCAUCGGCGUUCCGACUGCGGCGGCGAAUCAUGUGCUCUACUUCGACUCGGUUUUCCGGGCAGGGAUGGUGAAUAAUCAUCAUCAGUAUCAGCAACAGCUGAGAUUUGACCGGAAUCCUAUCCACCGAGAUUUUCUCUCCCGCGGUGGCUUCACCGGCGGGUCGCAGAGUGACUCGGACUCGUCCACGGUGGUUGAUCUCAACCAGAACGAUCUGCCUCGCGGAGGAGGAUUCGACCUCGACCUUAACCUGCCGCCUCCGGCAGAACUCACCUGAUUUUGGUUUUACGAUAAAAAGCAGUGGCGAUCGCCCAAGGAAGAUGAUAUUAGGAAACGUUUUUUUUUAUUUCUGGUUUUUUAUUUUCCAAUUUCGAAAAUAGAAAAACAAAAAUACGUUGAGAGCGCCCAUAUUAAGAAACAAGAGCUCCAUGUGAAUACGUAGAUGAAUCCUUUUUUUUUUUUUGCAGCAGAUAUAAGUCCCAAGUCUUUGCUGUUCUAAAUUAAAGACCUAUUUUUCGUUACCGAUCUUUCGUUUCAGUUGUAAUCUUUCUCAUUUCGCAAAUAACUUUUUCCGUUAACGUAAUUUAGACCAAUAUUCUUAUAUUUCA